GCGCUGAGGCCCAGCAUGGCCGGCCAGGGCCCCACGUUCCCGCUGCACCGGCUAGUCUGGGCCAACCGGCACCGUGAACUGGAGGCCGCGCUGCACAGUCGCCAGACUCUGCCUUGGCCUCUGCUCUCUUCCCUUGUGCUGAGUGUCCAUCUCCCUCAGCACGACAUUGAACAGGAGGACCCCCGAGGACGGACUCCCCUGGAGCUGGCCGUGUCCCUAGGAAACCUGGAGUCUGUGAGAGUCCUUCUUCGGCACAAUGCCAACGUGGGCAAAGAGAGCCGCCAGGGCUGGGCAGUCCUGCAGGAGGCAGUCAGCACUGGAGACCCUGAGAUGGUGCAGCUGGUGCUCCAGUACCGGGACUUCCAGAGGGCCAUACAGAGGCUGGCUGGCAUUCCAGAACUACUCAACAAACUCCGCCAGGCCCCAGACUUCUACGUGGAGAUGAAAUGGGAGUUCACCAGCUGGGUGCCCCUCGUGUCCAAGAUGUGCCCAAGCGAUGUGUACCGUGUGUGGAAGCGGGGCGAGAGCUUACGAGUGGACACCAGUCUCCUAGGCUUUGAGCACAUGACCUGGCAGCGAGGCCGCAGAAGCUUCAUCUUCAAGGGCCAGGAGGCAGGAGCCCUGGUGAUGGAAGUGGACCAUGACCGGCAGGUGGUGCACACGGAGACGCUAGGGCUUGCUCUACAUGAGCCCGAAGCACUACUGGCCGCCAUGCGGCCCAGCGAGGAACAUGUGGCAAGCCGCCUCACCUCCCCUAUCGUCUCCACCCACCUGGACACUCGAAAUGUGGCUUUUGAGAGGAACAAAUGCGGUAUCUGGGGAUGGCGGUCGGAGAAGAUGGAGGCUGUCAGCGGCUACGAGGCCAAGGUAUACAGUGCCACCAACGUGGAGCUGGUGACACGCACACGCACAGAGCACCUCUCUGAUCAGGACAAGUCGAGGAGCAAAGGGGGGAAGACUCCAUUCCAGUCCUUCCUGGGGAUGGCCCAGCAGCACUCCUCCCACAGUGGGGCUCCUGUACAGCAGGCAGCCAGCCCCACCAACCCCACAGCCAUUUCCCCCGAUGAAUACUUCGACCCUAGCUUCAGCCUGGAGUCAAGAAACAUUGGCCGCCCCAUCGAGAUGUCCAGCAAAGUACAGAGGUUCAAGGCAACACUGUGGCUGAGUGAGGAGCACCCGCUCUCCCUGGGUGACCAGGUGACACCCAUCAUUGACCUGAUGGCCAUCAGCAAUGCUCACUUUGCCAAGUUGCGUGACUUCAUCACCCUGCGCCUCCCUCCCGGCUUCCCCGUCAAGAUUGAGAUUCCCCUUUUCCACGUACUCAAUGCUCGCAUCACCUUCAGCAACCUGUGUGGCUGUGAUGAGCCCCUGAGCUCCGUGUGGGUGCCAGCCCCCAGCUCUGCCCCGGCCACUCCAGGGAGCCCCUUUCCAUGCGAGGUGGAUCCCACUGUGUUUGAGAUCCCUGAGGGGUACAGCGUGCUGGGUGCUGAGCGCAGUGAGCCCCUUCGAGACGAGGAUGAUGACCUGCUGCAGUUUGCCAUCCAGCAGAGCCUGCUUGAGGCAGGCACAGAGGCAGAGCAGGUGACUGUCUGGGAAGCCCUGACCAAUUCUCGGCCUGGCGCCCACCCUCCUCCCCAAGCCACUGUGUAUGAGGAGCAGCUUCAACUGGAGCGGGCCCUCCAGGAAAGCCUGCGGCUGUCCACAGAGUCCAGGGGCCCUGGGUCCCCUGAGAGGACACCCCCCUCUCAGGCCCCCCCAAGCUUUGAGGAGCAGCUUCGCCUGGCACUUGAGUUGUCCUCUCGGGAGCAGGAAGAGCAGGAGCGGAGGGGGCAGCAGGAAGAGGAGGACCUACAGCGGAUCCUGCAGCUGUCACUCACGGAGCACUGAGCCACCUGGCCCUGGAAGGGUCAGGGCCACUCCCUCUGCCCGCUUUUGUAAUUUAUUUAUUUAUAAACUGCUGCUGAGCUUGGGGCCUGGAGCCCAAAGGUGACAGGAGUGGCACUAAGAUGAAAAUAAAGACUCUUA